AUGCUCCGCUGGGCACUGGCCUGGAGGCUCCUCCAUGGGGGACGCGGCCCCUCCGGUCUCAAUUUCUCAAGGGUGCCUGCAGCAACCAGCAGCGGCGGUGGCGGUGGCAGAGCAGAACCGAGGCCGCUGCCGCUUUCCUACACGCUUCUGGAUGGGGAGGCGCACCGCCCGGCCCUCGUCUUUCUGCAUGGGCUUUUCGGCUGCAAAAACAACUUUAACUCUAUCGCUAAAGCCCUGGCCCAGCAGACAGGCCGUAAGGUGCUAACAGUGGAUGCGCGGAACCAUGGGGACAGCCCCCACAGCCCAGAUAUGAGCUAUGAGGCCAUGAGCCAGGACCUGCAGGACCUCCUGCCCCAGCUGGACCUGGUACCCUGCGUCCUCAUUGGCCACAGCAUGGGAGGCAAGACAGCCAUGCUGCUGGCACUACAGAGGCCGGACUUGGUGGAACGCCUGAUUGCUGUGGACAUCAGCCCAGUGGAGACCACGUCUGUCUCAGACUUCCCGUCCUAUGUGGCCGCCAUGAGGGCCAUAGACAUCCCAGAUGAAGUGCCCCGCUCCCGUGCCCGCAAACUGGCCGAUGAGCAGCUCAGCUCUGUUGUCCAGGACUUAGCUGUGCGGCAGUUUCUGCUCACCAACCUGGUGGAGGUGGAUGGGUGCUUCACAUGGAGGGUGAACUUGGAUGCCAUGGCUCAGCAUGUGGAGGAGAUCUUGGCCUUCCCACCUCGACAGGACUCUUACCCCGGGCCAACCCUCUUCCUCCUUGGUGGCAAUUCCCAAUACGUGCCCCCCAGCCACCACCCAGAGAUUCGGCGGCUCUUCCCUCGGGCCCAGAUGCAGACCGUGCCAAACGCUGGCCACUGGAUCCACGCCGACCGCCCACAGGACUUUGUGGCUGCCAUCCGAGGCUUCCUGGCCUAA